AUGGUCUGCUCUGGAAGGUUGAUAUUUCUCACGAUUGUGAUCAUGGGAACCGUUGAAGUAGGCAAAGGCUCGGAACAAAUACCGGAAAGGACAGAAGUCCAGGGAAGACAAACAACACCGGAUAGUUAUUGGUACAAUGAUGUUUAUUACUGGUGGCCAUGGUUCAGUGACCUCGCAACGGUGGUCAUGAUCAAAUUGAAGAUCGCAAUUGGAAUGGCGGCAAUUUACGCGUUUGGUGAUGGCUAUUACUGGUCCAAAGCAAAGACUGAACAGCCAGAAGUCAGCAGUUGGAACACGGAAUCUUGGCAUCAUUUCAAGCAUCAUCCCUUGUCGUUUCUUAAGGGUUGGGGACGUCGAAAACGAGAUCUCAUGGAGGAUGAUGAAAGUGGUACGCCAUUGGAUCGGUACAAAUUUGCGGAGUUUCUGUUCGAUGCUUUCGGGAUAUACGAUGAAGACUGCAGACGACGAACCGUCUGUGAAUUGGACUUUGAAAUUAGUAGCAAUUCGAAGGUGGAAAACAGGAUCAAGCAGUAUAAAUUCGAUCUGUUUAGGAAAUAUCGAGGGAAGCCACCCAAGAGCAAGGGAGACUGUGAACGAAUGUAUGGUAGUUGUAAGAUAAUGUUAGAAAAUGAUUAUUCACAUUUAAACAGUAUAGACGAUGAAAAAGAAAUAAAGGAAACAACUUAUCGGCAACCACGUGAAUUGCUGUAG